GAAGAAGCAGCAAAAGAUGGUUGCCCUUCCGAGGCCGACGAUGACGAGCUAAAGCUGUUUCUUGUUCCAUUAGAGGCUAAAGAAGGGUCCCCCCGGCUGCAGCACGAAAGCUGUUCUUCUGUUCUAUGGAAGCUGAGAGAUCAGGCACCACUUCUCGCCGAUUAAGGCAUGUCUUCAUGCCGGGCCCCGUCUGCCAUGAUAAGGGUUCCCAAAGCUUCCUUCUUUCCCCGCAACACCACCACCACCGGUGUUUCCGCUUAUAAAUUCAGGUCCGUUUUAGGUCAGCUUGUGCCGAAAUUUGGUGUCUCCGCCUCUUUAAGUUCCGUUGUUACCUCCGGUAAUGCGAUCGCCGCCGCAGCGGCGGCCGGUUCGGGCUCUGUUCAUGGAGCGGUGACGUCAGCAAUUACUCAGGUAGCGGUGACUGCUGUGGCGAUUGUUUCGGGUGCUUGCCUUUCCACCAAGGUGGAUUUUCUGUGGCCCAAAGUUCAGGAGCAACCAGGCUCUCUUGUUCUGGAUGGCGUCGACGUCACCGGGUACCCCAUAUUCAAUGAUGAAAAGGUGCAAAAGGCAGUGGCUUUUGCCAAGAAAGCUCACCAUGGCCAAACAAGGAUGACAGGAGAUCCCUACUUAUCACACUGUAUUCACACUGGAAGGAUUUUAGCAGCAUUAGUUCCGUCAACGGGUAAAAAAGCUGUUGAUACUGUUGUUGCUGGAAUCCUCCAUGACGUAGUUGAUGAUACUGGUGAGAAUUUGGACACCAUAGAGGGAGAGUUUGAUGUUGAUGUUGCAAAGUUGGUAGCUGGAGUUUCCCGCAUAAGUUAUAUUAAUCAGCUACUUCGCAGGCACCGUCGAUUGAAUUUAGGUCAAGCAACUCUCAGCCAUGAAGAGGCAAAUAAUUUGCGGGUGAUGUUGCUGGGCAUGAUUGAUGAUCCGCGGGUGGUUCUUAUAAAGCUUGCUGAUCGUCUUCAUAACAUGAGAACAAUAUAUGCGCUGCCUUCUGCCAAAGCUCAAGCUGUGGCGCAGGAAACAUUAGCUAUUUGGUGUUCCCUAGCUUCUAGAUUGGGACUAUGGGCUCUAAAAGCUGAACUUGAAGAUCUUUGUUUUGCUGUCCUUCAGCCUAAAGUAUUUUGUCAAAUGCGAGCUGAUUUGGCUUCUAUGUGGAGCCCAAUCAACAAGGAGGCCUGCCACUUAAGAAGGGAGCAAGUGAAAUCUAACGAUGUGCAGUUUCAUAAUAGUAAGGAACACACAGAUUGGGAUGACCAAAACACUAGCAUGAAGAUUCUUCUUCAAGCUGUACUUCCAUUUGAUCUCUUACUGGACAGAAAAAAGCGCAUAAAUUUCUCUAACAAUCUCACUACGAACUUGGAUACACCAAAGGUUGUGAGAAAUGCUUCCAUUGCCUUGGCAUCACUGGUUGUUUGUGAAGAAGCACUGGAGCGGGAGUUAUUUAUUUCAACAUCCUAUGUUCCAGGAAUGGAAGUGACUUUAUCCGGACGCCUAAAAAGUUUGUAUAGCAUUUAUAGUAAGAUGAAGAGGAAAGAUGUCGGCAUUGAUAAGGUAUAUGAUGCUCGUGCAUUAAGGGUGGUUGUUGGGGAUAGAAAUGGAACGUUGCACGGGCAGGCAGUCCAGUGUUGUUACAAUCUUCUUAACAUUAUACACAGAUUAUGGACACCAAUUGAUGGGGAGUUUGAUGAUUACAUUGUCAAUCCAAAACCAAGUGGCUACCAGUCACUUCAUACUGCAGUACAAGGUCCCGACAACUCUGCAUUGGAAGUUCAGAUAAGAACUCAUAGGAUGCAUGAAUAUGCGGAGCAUGGGUUGGCCGCACAUUGGCUCUAUAAGGAAACUGAGAGUCUUUUGCCCUCCAAUAGCAGUGUAGCUGUUAGCGAAGACUCCUCAAAUUUCUCAAAGGAAAUGGAAGAUCAACAUUCUGCUGAGAAUGGCGUGUUAAUGAAAUACAGCUCACUUAAAGCAGGCCAUCCAGUUCUUAGGGUCGAAGCUGAUCAGUUACUUGCUGCAGUAAUAGUCAGAGUAGACAGUGAUGGAAGAGAGUUACUUGUUGCUGUCAGCUUUGGGCUGACAGCUUCUGAAGCAGUAGCCGAAAGAAGAUCUUCUUACCAAGUAAAGCGAUGGGAAGCUUAUGCAAACUUGUACAAAAAGGUGUCUGAUGAGUGGUGGUGUGAACCUGGUCACGGGGAUUGGUGCACCUGCUUGGAAAGAUACACCCUUUGUCGAGAUGGUAUAUAUCACAAGAAAGACCAGUUUCAGCGACUAUUGCCGACUUUCAUCCAAGUCCUCGAACUGACAGAUGGAGAAGAAACCGAAUACUGGAACGUCGUCUCUGAUGUUUUCGAGGGAAAGCCUAUUGCUUCCGACUUAUCCAGUUCAAGUUACAAGGAGAAGCCUAGUUUCGCCUUCAAUUCGUCUUCGGAAACUGGCAUCAUCAACAACAAGGUACUAUUGCUGCGGACAAUGCUCCAAUGGGAAGAGCAACUGCACUCAGAAGUAGGGCUCCAACAGUCAAAUGUUGGCAGUGGCAGUGGGGACGACAAUGGCAGGAGAAACAAGGGCCUGCUGUCUCUGGGGGAAGUCGCGGUUGUGUGUUGGCCACACGGCGGGAUAAUGAGGCUGAGGAAUGGGAGCACGGCUGCAGACGCUGCUACGAGGAUAGGACUCGAAGGGAGGCUUGUUUCCGUAAACGGGCAACUCGUACUCCCCAACACGUUGCUGAAAGACGGCGAUGUAGUCGAAGUCAUGAACCAUGCGUUGCCGGAAAAGCUUAGGAGGUAAUGAUAAUAUGUACAAAGGCUUCUACCAUUUUGUUUAGUAUCCAUCUCUCUCUAUUGAUGCCUUUGGAAAAUAGGUGAUGCCGUUGCCUCAAAUGUAAAUGGUUUUGAUAAACUCCCUACCACACAUUUGGUAUCAUUUAUUGGAUCGUAGAUUAUUUCUCUUC